AUGUUAACUACUACGCUCCUCCCCCGCUCUAACUCACGGGGUUCUAACCUCGAGCUCGCCUAUGCCUCUCCGAUUGUCUCUCCGACUUUUCUCAGGGAAAUGGGAGCAGAUAUGGCAAGUUUGCACCGCCAUAAUAGGAAGAACAGCCUCCCAAGAGCUUUGAACGACGAGGCGGGAAAACCUAGCAUGGAUGGCCGAAAGCGACGGUCAAACGGAAGUAGUGACGAUGAGGGGAAGAUGACAGAUGAUGGCUUCUCAAAUGAAGACCUCCGAGUUGGGGGGCCCUACCUCUGCUCCAUCCCACAUUCGUCAGCAUCCCUCCCCCAGACAAACCCACUGGAAGCAUUACUGCGGCACGAGGUCUCUGGUAGAGAGGCGAUUAUAAGCUGUGUGUACCAGAUACUCCGCAACAACAACAUCGAUUUAAUGGAAUCCGGGCCAUGGAGUCACCCCGUCGGACUCUCUUUACAUCAGUCGGAAUUCAAUCCAGAACCCGAGCCUAUCCCGACCAUCGUAGUCUUUGCUAUACGGCACGUCGUGGAUGAUCUCUGGCUCAAAACUGCUCGCCGAAUUUACUUUUUACUGCAACAAGAAAACUUUGGGCAUGUCUCCGUGGACAUCAUGGACCCGCAGGCCCUCGACCCACCGAGAACACAUCCAGUCUUGAAGCCAGACCCUAUGUUCAAUAAGUGGGAUUCUGUACUAGAUCACAUCCUGAGAGAUAUCGACCUAACAGAUAUUCAACACAUCGGGUGUUACAGGCGCGGUAGGAAUUCAGGCAACGAAAAUCCUGUGACGGUUCUGGUCAUCGCAGACGUCAACAGCCAAAAAAGCUGGCAAAUAACAAGGGACAUGAUUGCGGGUAUCUUGAAGCGCUCGAACUUACCUAUGGUCGCGGUUGAGAUUGUCAAAGACAGAAAAACGCUUACUACGGAUUUCCACAAAGAAGGGUUCAAAGAGGAGCUCUUACAGGGUAGAGCAAUGGCUGGAGGGCCUAUUGCUCACAGCAGGAACGAUGUGGGGUCUGGAACACUCGGUGGAUUUAUCGAGCUUCAGCACCCCUCAACACUGAAGUGGACCUGCUUCGCCUUGACAUGUUUCCAUGUUAUCAAUCUACGCGACCGGGACAUUAGAGGCCAGCAGCAUGCAGCUGUCGAGAAAUGGCGAAGUCGCGGUCUCUCUAUGCUCAGUACAAAGGAUCCAUUGGCGGAAACAAGCCUAAAGACAAGUCAUCCAAGUCGGCGCGCCAUACAAGAGCAAAUUGAUAAACAUCAGGGAUUGAUCGAUUGCCACAAGAACCAUUGGCUCUACCGAGACGGAUUGGACUUAAUAGACAAUGGUCUAUUUGACACCGAGCUGACAGAGCUCAGAAAACAGUCUUGGAAAAGAGUUCACUCCGAUGUCAUGGACCUUGAAAAGAGAAUCAAUGACAUUCAAGGGUUCUUCCAGAAUUCUGACAAUAUCCUUGGACAUGUUUCAGUUGCGUCGGACUUCAGAAGAAAGAAGCUCCAUACUCUCAGCGACAAAUAUCACCUGACUCUUCUUGAUUGGGCCCUUAUCAGCGUGGACGUUGAGAAACGAAGCCCCUCCAAUGAGCUUGAGGACGGACUAGUUCUGCAGGAAAUAGCUUCGUCGGAAACACUUUCAUAUCUUGAUACAAACGAGUUGUCAACUCGGCUCGAGUUCCAAGGGUAUGGGUCUGGGCGCAAUACAGUCCGGUACAACGGGCUUAAAGUGGCCGAGAUUGAGAAUAAGAAGUACAGUCUGGAGUACAGCAUCGUUGAGCUUACUGAAAACGGGCAUGCUGCGAUGAAGGGUGACUCGGGAAGCCUGCUGUGCACACUUUGUUUGGGCGAAGUGGUUGGUAUGAUCAUCGCUGGGUACAGCCACAAUCGCAUUGCCUGUUUCACGCGAAUUGAUGACCUCACCAAGGAUAUCAAGGAGCAGAGUGGUGCAAAAGACAUUCGUAUGUGGGGUACCUGGUCGAAUUGUAUGGCCAGCCUGGUUACUGAUGGGCGAUCAUUUUAG